AUGGCGACGACGGCGGCAGGGAUCUCGCGGCACGAAUUCCCAAAGCACGACAAGACCAUCUCGUACCUCGACGCCGGCCCCAGGGAUGGUCCCCUACUUGUCUUCAUUCACGGCUGGCCCGCCGGCGCAGAGACGUGGAAACUCCAGCUAACCACCUUCUCGGCCCUGGGCUUCCGCGUCGUCGCCCCGGACAUGCCAGGGUACGGGCAGUCUCGGCCCAAAAGCCGGGAGAAGCGCGACUACGCUUUGCAGGGCGUCGUGGAGCAACUGCUCCGGUUCCUUCGUCAUCUGGGACGUAGCGAGGCUGUUUGGGUCGGCGGGCAUGACUACUGGGGCGCGGCCGUCGUGUGGGCAUUGGUCGCGCACAACCCGGAAGUCUGCCUGGGCGUGGUGACCAUGGGCAUGCCGUACCGCACGCUGGAGAUGGGUGUUCAGGAACUCGUCAAGUACGCCAACCGCGACUUGUAUCCGGAAGGGGAGUACCCACACGCGCAGUGGGCGUACCAGGUGUUCUACGAGGAACCCGACAACUACGAAAAAGCCGUUAAAUUGUUCGACAGCGACGUCGAGCGGUUCAUCAAGCUCGUCUAUGCUCGUCCUGUAAACGCCGAGCCUGACAAGGACAAGCCGGCGGCCACGGCCAACGUGCUCAAGGACGGGGGGUGGUUCGGGGGCGCCGAGUCGCUGCCUAAGGCCGACGGGGAGGACGAGGAGCCGGGCGAGAGCUUGCUGGACGAGGACUCGCAGAAGAGCCUGAUCGAGGCGUUUUCCCAGGGCGGAUUCUGGGCUCCGACCGCGUACUUCCUCAACCACAACGUCAACCUCCAAUGGUGCGAGGACUGGUCCGUCAACGAGGGCGUCAUCUCCGUUCCCGUGCUGUUCGUCGAGGCCCUCAACGACCCCGUGGCUGGCACGUACAACUCAACCAUCUGCGAGCCCAUGAAGAACUACUGCAGGAAGUUGACCACUGUGAGCAUCAGCGCCGGCCAGUGGGUGGCAUUGGAAGCGCCCCGCGAGACAAACGCAGCGAUUUUGAGGUGGAUUGCGCGUGAGUUGCCCGAGGACAGGGCGUGGCCUGGGGGCAAGAAGAAUCCGUUGAAGAAGAAUGAGUAG